AUGAGCCAAGAAUUUUCGGUCUCCUCUUUUAAAAUGUUGCCUAUAUAUGUACGGACUUUCCGCAUAACGGAAUCAAUGGCGUUUGAUGAGAAAAUGUUCGAAGUCUUUAGUCCUUCUCGUUUCAUAACAUUCUCUUUCCCCAAUCCAUGUCACUCUCAGUCUUCUCUCCGAGUUGCGGUGCUUGAUUCACCGAUCGAACCCGCCGGUACUCCUUCAGUGGCGGCGAUGUUCGUCCCCGCGGGGCUUGAAACCGAUUGGAUGUUUUCCACGGAAUCAGGACAUUAUCAGUUUCUAUUCAGUUCGCCUGGAAUUUCACGUCUGAUUCUAAUCGGAGAUCAAGAACCGUUGAAUCGCGAUAAUUCCGCUGUUUUCAAUCGUCCAUCGGCGGAGGUUACGGCUUCGUUGUGGAGUAAACUCGCGGUGAGUUUGCAGCCACUUUUUCUUGCUUUAUUUCCAAAAUCAUGUCUCGAGAAUGGAAUUCUUGAUAUGCCGAUUCUCAGUUAUGUCGAUAACGUGAUAUAUAGUAAAGUUUUAGAGAAAUGCGUCGGUUCUUCCGUUGGUGAAUUUCUGGUCGAGAAUGUGGAAGUCGAGAGAGAAUCGGGGAUAGGAAUGUCUGAAACUAGAGAAUUCAGGAGACGUUUACGAUUCAAAAGAAUGCCAAUCUUGGUUCAAACAGAAAUUCGUAUAAUUCCUCAAGCUAAUCAAAAUCUAGAUAGCAUUGAAAUUCAAAACAUUAAAUUCAAACCAGAUACUAGGAAUCUCGUUCAUCCUUACUUACCUGCAAUGGCGGCAAGCCUUUCAUUGAUCAGUUCGUCCAUUGACAAACAGAUUCAAAUCGGUAAUAAACCAAAAGCCCUAUGUUUCGGAAUUGGUGGUGGGGCUCUGCUUACAUUUCUUGCAACACAUUUGGAUUUUGAAGUAGAUGGUGUAGAAAUAGACAUGGAGGUUGUAAGAAUUGCAGAACAGUAUUUUGGAUUAGUAAAGAAUGAACAUAUACACAUCAACAUUGGAGACGCCAUUGAAUUUCUUGAUUAUGCUUCAAAAGCAGUGAAGAAAGAGAAGAGUGAAACCUCAUCCUUUGGUAUUCAUGUGUUUUCUGAAUAUAACGUGGUUAUGGUUGAUCUUGAUUCGAAGGAUGCUCGAACAUCCACUCAAGCUCCUCCAAUGGAGUUUGUUGGUAGAGAUGUUCUUUUGAAAGUUAGAUCAGUUCUUUGUGAAGAUGGGAUUGUUGUGAUGAAUGUGAUUCCUCCUAACAAGUUGUUCUUCGAAACAUUGGUAGAUAACGUCAGAUCAGUUUUUGAUGAUCUGUUUCAGAUUGAUGUUGAUAAUGGUGAAAACUUUGUUCUUAUUGCUUGUGUGCGUUCAAUCAAGCAUGCUGCAAAGAAGAAGAAGAAGAAGAACUUUUUGUCUAGAUUGGAAUUGCUCCUCUCUGGAACAUACAUGAAGUCCAUAAAAAAGAUAUGAAUCUUCUUCAUUUUGAUCGGUACCUUGCUCGGCUAAUUAGGAAUUGUCGGGCUCACUCUUGUUUUCACGAUGGAGAUACAUAAUACGUUUUACGAGUAAUUCUUGGGAUGACUUGACUUUGGUUUAGAGUUGCGAUAGACGAGGUCCUUCGCUCCUCUUUUCAUAACGAAGAUUCAAGAUACAUUUGGUUAGUGAGAAAUAGAAUGAUUUUUACAGCUAUUCUUUUAGGACAAAGUUUAACAUUUUGGCUUAUAUGAAUUUGAACGUCUUGUAGCGUUUUAUGGUUCAAGCUCCCUAUUACUUUACAAGCUCCAUGAGAGGGUCAUUGUGUUUGUUAAUAUUCCCCUUUUUUUUUGUUGUUCUGAAUGUGUUGUAGUUUGAUUCUUCUUGAUGAAAUGAGAGGAGCAUAAAAAUGAAGAUGGAAGAUUUUUCA